AUGAAUCUAUCAAAAUUUUACUCUCAUAAUAAACAAUUAAAUCGAAUCAGGAAAAAGUAAAAAUCUCCAAAAACUAUUAAUAUGGAUACACCUCCAAUAAAGAGAUCGGUUACUUAUAAUAGUGAUACAGAUUUAAUUUAUAAGAUUGUUAAUAAUGAAAAUUUACUUGAUUUAAUUGGUUAAAUAUAAAAGCAAAAAUAAGAUCAUUAUGCCAAUAUUGAAACUAAUUAAAAUUUGACUUUACCUCAGAUUUAAAAUUAAUCGGAUAGAUAGCAUAUUGUAAUAUAGAGAAAUUAAAAAAAAAAAUAAGAUAAAGAAUAUAUUCCAUUUACAUAUCCUCUAAAUCCUAAAAAAGUAGCUUAUUAUUAAGAAAAUAAUUUAUAUGGUAAAUUCAUAGAACCAACUGAAUAUAAAAAAAUCAACUAUGAAUCCAUAAAAACUAUGUAGAAAUUUAUAAUAUUUUAGCGAAACUGCAAUAUCUGAAUAAUUAGCCAGUGAAAGUAGAUUAAAAAGAUCUAUGACAGAACGAAAGGAAGAAACACAUAAAAAUAAAUUUAAAUUAAUUUAGUAAUCAGCCAAAGAUAAUUUAGAAAAUGAGAAAAUGAUAAAAAAUUAUACUUUUUCAAAAGUAGACUAAGAAAAUUUAGAAUCUCUGUAUAGUAAACAAGCAAAAAUGAAUAAAAUAAUUUAAAAUGCAUUAAAAAUUAAAUCUCAAUCAAGAGAUCCAGCUAAUGCUUCAAAAUCUGUUUUGUCAGAAAGAAUACAAUUAUAAUUAUAGUUAAAAAAAUAAUACGAAUUAUCUUUAGAUUUAGUUUUCUAAGGAUAUCUAGUCUAUGAUGAUAAAUAGUUUGAAAAAAAAUAAGCAAAUUGGUCAUCUUUAUUGCAAAGAUUAAGUUAAAAACAAUAUUCCAAUAGAAAUGUGAAAUAAAGUUAAAUCCAUUAGAGGAAAUAACUCUUUGUAAAUAAAACUCAAGAUAUAUAAGAUAAAUGUUCAGAAAUAUUAUAAGAAUGA